GUCGUGCACAUAAUCGCGUUGAUGGGGCAGCGAGGGGAAGGUGAAUGGGUUGUCAGUCGCCAAGCAGACGGUAGAAAGACGGGCGGCGUUUGCUUGAGUUGAGAGUUCACGUCGGCUCACUUCUCUCCAGCCACGUCCGUCACGCUUCUGGAACCCGCAACAGCACGACCAUCACCGCCGAGACCCGCUUCUGCACAAUCAACCGCCCGCUGCCCAUUGUCGACCGCGACAGCAAACCGCGAGACGCAUUGCGCGCAAACAUCGCCUGCUUCACCUCCCGCUUGCUCCCUCGCCAUCGCGCUCUCCUUCGGCCCAGAACAAUCGGCGAACAAGCACCGAGGCGCCCACCAUGACCGACGCUCUACCUCUCGAACAGCACGCGGCCUACAGCGCCAUCAUUGACAAUGUCUUGGCCAACUCCGACCUCAAUACCAUAUCCGCCAAGCGCAUACGAAAGGAGCUCCAAGAGCAAGUUGGUCAUGAUCUGUCUAGCCAAAAGCAAGCCAUCACCGAACUGAUUAUGAACCGCUUCGACAAGGCACAAGAGAAGCAGAGACUGGAUGGUGGCUACAGUGAGCCCGCUCCUACUGCGAACGGCAAUGGACAACGCGACGCGAGUGAGAGCAAUGGCUACGCAGAGUCCCCAUCUGCCUCGAAUAAGCGCAAAGCGGAUAGCGAGGAGUUGAGCGACGUGGAGGACUCUCCGGCGCCAAAGAAAGCGAAGAAGGAGAAGAAAGCUGAGACAGAUGAGGAGAUGGCGAGGAGACUGGCUGUGGAACUCAACGCGCAAUCAGCGCGUUCGACGCGCGGUGGAGGCGCAAAGCGGAAAGCGCCCGCGGCGAAGACGAAGAAGCCCAAGAAGAAGAGUUCGGCCAAGGUCAAUAGCGACGACGAUAGUGCUGUCGAGAGCGGAGACAAGCCGGUGAAGGAGAAGAAGGGUGGCUUUCACAAACCCAUGGCACUUUCAGAGCCACUCGCAGCCAUGUUGGGCGAAACUCAGCUCUCACGCCCGCAAACAGUCAAGCAAAUCUGGGCCUAUGUCAAAGCGCGAGACAUGCAAGACCCCAACGACAAGCGCCAGAUCGUGUGCGACGACAAAAUGCGAGCAGUCUUCAAGGCCGACAAAGUGCACAUGUUCACCAUGAACAAGCUUCUCGCAAGUCACCUGUACCCCGUGGACGAGGUGACCGUCUAGACAUUACACAGAGACAUAUCAGCGAUUUCGGCUACUUUCGACAACGAUCAAACAGCGAGCAAGAUCAAGAAAGCGAUACGACAUGACCAUUUUUUACACCGGAGGCAAAAAAGAGAGGGCCGCAUGGCAAGCGAAGGAGUUCUACACUGAUACUGGUUUUUGUUGCUUAACUGACUGAUGAUCUUUUCAUUUUCCUCGCUCUGUACUUAUGGAGGGCGUUUUGCAUCUGGAAAGAAAAGGUAGUCAACUCAGGAGAUCCGACGACGAUGCGCAUUCCUCUUUUUGCUGCUGCUCGCUGAAUCGCGCGCCGCGUGUUCUACAUGCGCCGUUCAUGGAACUCAUUCUCCUGGACACGCGCAGAAAGUUUUCACACAGCGCAGCAUAGAACAUUCCACGAACAGAGAUUCAGACAUAAUCGUUCUUCAUCUUUUAGUCUAGAUGCGCACGCCCGUGUGCUCUAAAGUCGGCACUCUGGAGAUUCACUAUUUCAGAAAUGCGCAGAGGUCCACACAAGGCAGCACAGAAAAUGCUACGAGAACAGAAUUCCAAACAAAAUCUUCCAAUACUAAGUACUGUAAUUCCCCAC